AUGCAUGAAGGACCCUUCUACACCAGCAGUGCUGCCAACGGCUUUGGUGUUACGGCUGUGGGCAGCGUUGAGCACACCCAAACCGCAGCCUUUACGGUAGUUGCGAGGUCAAGCAACAAUGAGACACGCGAGAUUCUUUAUGUUAGCUCCGACACUGCGCAGUGGACGCUCAACGGCACAGCACCCGCCCACUUCCUCAAUCAGAACUACACCGGCCUUGACUCUUGCGACGUCUGGGAGUUCUCUGGUGUUUCGUCAGACUGUGUCCUCAUUUUGCCCGUCAAGUGGGGUUUCUACUACAACUUCGAAGAUGCUGCCUGGGAGAUCCCGAACAGAAGCGUCUACAACCCUGAAGAGCAGCCCCUCGGAUUUGGUCUCAUCAGUCAAGAGGAUGGGAAGUGGCUCGUCCAGCAGAACGAAUUGGGUCGCAAGGUGGAUUUUGAGUUCGUAGCCAAUGGUGGCAAGGCAGUCGGCAUUCCCGGCGCCAACUCCGAGUCUAUCGCCGGUGCCAUUGACUACUUUUCCUCAUGGGGCUUGACAGUCGACGGUCGUCUCAAGCCUGAGAUCUCAGUUCCCGGCGGUUCUAUUCUCUCUACGUAUCUGACAUCCGAGGGUGGAUGGGCUGUUUUGUCUGGAACCAGCAUGGCCACACCAUACAUUGCCGGCGUCGCUGCCCUCUACUUCUCAUCGAACGGCGGCCGCUCCAACAUCGCAAACAACGCCGGCGACUCCGCUCACCACCUCAUCGCCUCCAGUGGCAAGCCCAUUGCUCACCAUGAUGGAAGCGGCUCCUUAGCGUAA